GUUCGUCUCGCAAGCUUCGAGGCGCCGUUCGGGCUCGCUUGUGCCGCUCCUUUUCUUGGUCCUCCCUCCUCUCUCUCUCUCUCUCUCUCUCUCUCUCUUUCUCUCUCACACUCUCUCUCUUACUCAGUCACUUACUCACUCACUCAGUCACUUACUCACUCACUCAGUCAUUCACUCACUUAUUCACUCAGUCACUCUCGUUCUCACUCUUGUUGUCUUCGUCUGUCUAUACAUUCGUUGUUCACUCGUUCAUUCAUUCCGUAUACACUGUUGUAUAUUUUACAUGUAUACGCGGAUACUACGUUUGAUCUAUGCCUAUAUCAUAGGUAUCUUCUUUCUCAUUUUACAUUUGACGUUCCGUGCGUGAUAUUCGUGCGUGCAAAUAUAUUAGUGCUCUCCUGUGUGUUCUAACUCGUGUCGUCACCUCCGUCGCUUUUUUAGAUCAACGAACUGUGCAUCGAACUUGUCGAUUUAUGAACGAGGAUUUCUUUUGGAACACUACGAGGAGACUUGAGAGGUGCCUGUUUUAUGGAUUUUACAUAGGUAGCGAACGGUGAUUGUGUUAUCAUGAUGAUUAUUAUCUCAUCGUUGGAUGUGUAAAGAUCGAUCUGUGAAUGUUCGCGAGUGUUGUUCCAAUCUCGUUUAGUGUCAUCGUCGUCUUUGUCGCUAUUGGUGGUUGUGGUAGUAGUGAUACUGGUGCUUGUGAUACCGGUCAUAGUGAUGAUGCAAGUUACAGGACGAGACGCGUGAUUUUUAAAUCUCAUGAGUUUAAAAUUAAGAGGACAUCGUUAGCGGAUCUUCGUAAUUAACUAACAGGUUAGAAAGGAUUUCAUGAGUGAGAUUUAUUCAAGAUCGAUCGAUCGGUUAAACGAUGAAACAAGAAAGACGAGUAAGUUAACAAAGAACAUCAUGAUAAACUUUGACAAACGUGAAAAAUUUUAAUUCGUGAAUAGACUCAUCCAGUGAUUCAUGCUAUGAGUCAAAAGGAAACUCGCGUAGGCGUGAGACUGAAAAAAUCAUUAACAACGUCCUAUCGAUCAGCGAUUAACGGUGGAAGUCGUUCGGUUCGAAAGAAAAGUACAAGAACGAAGAUGCUAUCGGUAAAAAUCUUACCGUUACGAGAGUCCACCGGCUGGUAAAUCUUCGAUAGAAGUAGCUGAAGCAGUUAAUUGAACUCGAUGAUCGGCUCGAAUGAGGUGGCAAGGGCAAUGGGUCCUUGCAUCGCUUUUGGCAGGUAAUCGUCGUUGUGCCACGGUGGCUAAAUGAAGAGGGAUCGUUUGGUGGGCCGGUGAUCGAUAGCGGAUACCGCUUGUCGCCGUGCGAGAUUUGAUUCGCGAUGGAACUCCUUCCGCUGUUAUUACUUUGCCUCCUGAUCGCUCAGCCAACAGCCUAUUCCCUUUCGAUCAAGAGUAAGCUCAAUCCGCGGAUCGUGCAAACUCGCUACGGCGAGGUUCAGGGCUUGAUCAGGUCCUUCGAGAACGCAAAGUUCCUCAAGCCGAUCGACGUCUAUCUUGGAAUACCCUACGCUACACCACCCGUUGGGAGCAACAGAUUCUCUCCAACAAGGGCACCCAGCCCUUGGGAAGGUGUCAGAGUAAUGGACUCGGUCGGUCCAGUUUGUCCUCAAAAACUUCCAAAUAUCUCGAUUGAGCAAGAGGCUCUCGAGCGCAUGCCUAAAGGAAGACUGGAAUAUCUGAGAAGAUUGCUACCUCAUUUGCGAAACCAAAGUGAAGACUGUCUAUAUUUGAACAUCUAUGCUCCUGCUAUGGGCAUGGCGGAAAGUGGUAGGAGACAUCCGGUUGUCCUUUACAUUCACGGUGAAAGCUACGAGUGGGGAAGCGGAAAUCCUUACGACGGUAGCGUCCUAGCCAGCUAUACCGAGCAAGUGAUCGUGACGAUCAACUACAGGCUGGGCGUGCUAGGCUUCCUGAACGCCAACGUGGCGCCUGAAACGAAGGCGAGGGUGGCGAAUUACGGUCUGAUGGAUCAAAUCGCGGCUUUACACUGGGUCCAACAGCACAUUGCACUUUUUGGCGGCGAUCCCGAAAACGUUAGCCUCAUGGGACAGGGUACAGGAGCUGCUUGUGUCCAUUUUCUUGCUAUCAGUCCAACAGUCAUAAGAGGUCUUUUCAAAAGGGCGAUACUACUCUCGGGCAGUGCAUUGUCUUCUUGGGCUGUAGUCGAGGAUCCCGUCUUUUAUGCGCUAAAGCUCGCUAGAGCGAUAAAUUGCACGAUUCCUGAGGACCUACUCAAGGACAACGAGUUGAUAGUCGAUUGCCUCAGAGAAAGCAGCCUUGAGGAAUUGAUGCAGAUCGACAUACAACCACCAACUUUUCUCAGCGCCUUUGGACCGAGCGUAGACGGUGUAGUUAUCAAACCUGAUUUCCAGAAGGACCUUUUGUCCUAUCUUGGCCCAGAAUUUCAAGGAUUUGGACCACUUCCGAAAAAAGCUGAACAUGGAGCACCCAUAACGAGCAACAAUAAAUACGACCUAUUGUUCGGCGUCACGACCAGCGAGGCUCUUUGGAAAUUCGCUGAGAAGGAUGUGCAUCAAGGAUUCGAGGGUGAAAGGAGAGACAGGAUCAUCAGAACUUAUGUCAGAAAUGCUUACGUCUAUCAUCUAACGGAAAUAUUUUAUACGGUCGUCAACGAAUAUUCCGAUUGGGAACGGACGGUACAGCAUCCGGUGAAUACAAAGGACGCCUGUGUCCAGGCAUUGAGCGACGCGCAAUUCGUAGCACCGCUCGUUCAAACUGGUGAUCUUUUCACUCUGAGGCACACGAAAAAGCCAAAUAAUCCUCACAUCGCGCCAUCGCCCGAGAUCGAGAAGGAACCAAUGCCAAAAACGUUCUUUUACGUUUUCGAUUAUCAGAUGAAGGACGGCGAUUAUCCACAGAAAAUGGGCUCCGUUCACGGUGAGGAGCUACCUUUCGUCUUUGGCGCCGCUUUGGUAGACGGAUUCGCACACUUCCCGAAGAAUUACACGCGAUCUGAGGUGGCACUAUCAGAGAGCAUCAUUCAAUAUUUCGCCAAUUUCGCUAGAACUGGAAAUCCAAAUGGCGUUGAUCAUCAUACAAGAAAUGAUACGCUUUUACCGGCUAGUAGAGAAAAAAGUCGUUUUCGAAGUCUCACGUGGGAUCAAUACGAUCCGGUACAUCAAAAGUAUCUCGAAAUUGGAAUGAGGCCAAAAGUAAAAAAUCAUUAUCGAGCUCAUCAGCUCUCCGUUUGGCUACGACUCGUACCGGAACUUCAUCGUGCUGGAAUGGAAGACGUUGAUUCGAGACACAAUCUUUUCCGAGGACACGCUGAUCCAAGUCUUUACGAUGGUUUAGUCAGGCCAGAUCCUUUGAGUAGGAUCACCGAGGAAUUUAAAAGAAAGAAUAUAAGCACUGAACCACCUACCACAACCGACUACAGCAUAACCACCUGUGUCAGUCUUAUUCAAAGCACAAAUCUACAAAAUAUGCACAAUGCCAGUACCGACACUUUGGCGAGUCUCGAUGCAGCUGGAUACGCUGCAUAUUCGACAGCAUUAAGCGUGACUAUAGCGAUCGGCUGUAGUCUACUUAUAUUGAACGUCCUCAUAUUUGCUGGUGUCUAUUAUCAGCGAGACAAGACGAGACUCGAGGUCAAAAGCCUCCAGCAGCAACAGAUGUUGAAUCAACAGUGUGGACCGCGCGGUUUCACGGAGUUGAAACAACCACCCUCGUCACAUUCACAUUUUCCUGGUAGUGGUCAAGUUAUCGUUGACGUUGAAAAUGAAAUGCUCAGAAGAAACGUGAUGAAAGGGCCUCCGAACGAGCCUAACACUUUACAAGGCACACACACCCUGCCGCAUCAACAUCAUUACCAGAAGCAACAUCAGCAACAACAUGCCACGCUUCCUCGUGCUUCGGUCAUGCAGGACAUGAACGCGCAAACUCAAGGACCACCGAAUGGAUCCAUACACCUCACAGUGCCACGUGCUCCACCACCACCCCGUGCGAAGAGUCCUCCAGAAAAUCAACCCCUUCUGCAGAGCACAACCGUCUCGAGCCGUGUCUCGCAAGCAACGAUGAGCGAAAUGCGAGUCUGAUGCUUAGACCCCCCUCCAAAGCCGGUCGUCCCGGACGUCCUAACGGCGUCGACCUUGCUCUAAGCCUCCUUGUCUGAUAAAAAUAAUAAUAAAAAAAAUAACAAUAUAUAAAGACGAGGAGAUGGGAGGGGGGAAAAGAGAGAAACGUCCGAAACAAUUCUAUGCACUUUCAUGCCCUAAACGCUUCGCGUCUUCCUUUUUAAUGUAAAUGGAAGGAGGGAGAAUGAAAAGAAAGAAAGAAAAAGAAGAAAAAGAUGAAGAAAAGAAAAGAGAGGUGGAGAGAGAGAGAAAAAAGAAAAAAAAAAUAAUAACUUGAAUCGUCUUUUUAACGAUCAUAUUUUUGAUCGUUUACGACUAAUAUCCGCGAUUAAUUAUUUUCGACAUCGAUCGAAUUAUGAUCGACCAUUUACUUAAAUUCGAAAUCCGAAUUUGGCCGAAAGAGGAAAUACAAUUAAACUAACAAUUAGCCAUGAUCUUUUCUCUCUGUAAUUAUUCGAUAAAUUAUAUCAGGUGGAUCAAUGGAUAUUUUUCUAAUUUUCUUUUAAUUUUCAAUGAUAUCAUUCGGAAACGACGAUUGAAGUCGAAUUGUUGUUAUAAUUUGUAUAAUAAAUGAAACAUUUUCGGAUUUUUUUUAUAUCUUAAAAUUGGUAAUAAAAUUAUUGAAUCACCAUAUACAAUUUAACGUUUACCUAUAUUGAAUAAAUUCUGUUCAAAUGUGUAUACGUGUAUCACGAAAAGAUUAUUAAGAUUUAUUCAUGAAACGAGAGAAUAUUUUAGACAAAAAUUACAUUUGUUUAAAAAAAAAAAAUAUAUAUAUAUAUAUACAUAAAUACACACACACACACACACCUACAUACAUACAAAAUAUAUAAAUAUAAUACAUAGAGUUCUGUUAAAAAAAAGAAAAAAAAUCAUAAUACAAGAAUAAAAAUAAAUAAAAUUUAAAUCCGUCACAUCGCAUAUUUCCCUCGAGAAAUGGAGAACACUGUUUUCUUUUUCAAACAAUUCUUUCGUAUUUUGAAUAACUUAAGAAAUAAAAUAUGUAUAAAAUACGUGUAUACUCUUUGAAACAGGAUAUAUACCGUGUAGGUAUUAACGAUAAAAAGGAGAGAUGGAUCUUCAAAGAGGCGAACGAACGAUCAAAAGAAUAAAUAUAAGAAUAAGAAUAAAAAUAAGAAUAAGGAAAAGAGAAAGAGAAAGAGAAAGAGAAAAAGAAAGAGAAAGAGAAAUAAAUAAAUAAAAAAAGGGAUAAGUAAAAAGAAUAAAUACAAAAAAAAAAAAAAAUAAAUAAAUAAAUAAAAAAUUAAGAAAAGAGGAAGGAGAAGAAAAAGGUAAAAACAUGAAGAAGAAGCUCGUGUAUAAAUUACUAAUCCACCACGAUGUUAGAUGUUCCUUGUACAUACAUAACGUAACACUUUAUACCGUAAACAAGCCAAAGUUUGCUACUUUCUAAGAAGAAAAAUGUGAAAGAAUAAAAGAGAAAUAAGCGAAGAAGAAAAACUUCGCUAACGCGUAUCAUUUCUUCAUCCAUAUUCUGUUUCUACAUUUAAGAAUGCUCGAACAAGUGCGUAUGCUCGUGUACGCGUGUGGGUGUGCGAGUAAUGCUCGAGAUGAACAGAAUAGAAAGAGAGAAAGAUAGAAUGAGUGUGUGUAUGUGUGUGUAUGUUUGUGUGUGUGUGUGAGAAAGAGAGAGAGAGAGAGAGAGAGCAAAGAGCUUUGUACAUCUACAAUGAUUCUCCUCGUGGCUAUUAGACGAUCCUUCAAAGUCACAAGCGAAAGCUUGUCUACUCGAUUAUUUAUCUCCUAUCGCGAGCACAUCAAUGAUUUAUACUGAAAGUGACACUUUGAAGCGACGCCUAUGAUUUAUUACAGCGUCCGCACGUUGGUACGAGGUACCGCUGUAUUAAGAUUUUAUCUAUUUUAUGUGUGCAUACCAUGCCGCAUUCGACUUGACCAUCGAACAAUAUCUUUCUUGUUUUUGAUGACAUGUAGAAAAACAAAUAAAAAUAAAAAAGAAAAUGAAAUGAUGAUCCAAAGGGAAAUAUAGAAUUCGAGAUCGAGAAGUAUUACCUUUUAUUUCUCUUUUUAUUUUAUUCAUUCUUUUUUUUUUUUGUUUCUCAAGGGAAAAAAAAAAGGAAAAUGUCGCGAAUUUUUAAUUCGUAUUUUUUUUUCCUUUUGUAUUUUCCAACUUUUUAUUUUUACUUUCCAAAUAUUUCUUUUUCUUCUUUUUUUUUUUCUUUUCUUUUUAGAGACGUCGCAUUUAGAUAAUACAAACUUUAUCAAAGUGUUGGGCCAUCUGAAAAGAAAAAAAAGAACAAGAAAAAAUUAAGCCUACUUUAAUUAAAAAUAAAAAAGACCAUUUCUACAUAUUCUGAUGAUAAUGAGAACAAUAAGUGAAAUAAACAAUCAAAGAAAAUCAAUUAAAUCUUUUUACUCGUUUUUAAAUAUCUUUCAUGGAAAUUAUUAAUUUGAUAAUUAAUAAUUAUUAUUUAAAUAUUAGUUACGUUGAGGGAAAUAAAACAAAAAAAAAAAAGAGAAAAAAAAUUGUAACUCGUCAUUCGUAUGUAUCGAUAAUAAUUUCGAUAUGUUCAAUCGUCAAAAAAUGAUCUUACCUGUUUAUUAUCACGAUGUACAAAGCUGUCUUAUAAAAAAUUCGCAUAUUGCAUCGUUGCUAUUGCCGUUGUGAAUAUUAUGCAUCGACGUAAGAAUGAUUGCUAUAUAGCGAUAUAUUUAUAUCAUUACGAAAAUUUUAAAGUUUCGAUGUUACAAUAUUUCAUUUUAUAUCAUAACUCUUCAUUCAAUGUAAAUAUGUUUCCUCGUAAUUUAAAUACUGCCAUAUUAACCGCUGCCAUAUUUCUAUUCUUUACAAUGUAUUUUAAAAAUAUCAUGAAAAAUCAAUGAAUACAUAAAGACGUGGACAUCGAUACCGUCUAUGCUACACAUGGAUAUCAGUGAAAUAUUGAUACAUAUCGAUAAAAAUCAAUAUUAUAUUAUAAAGAAAUAAGUUAAUUAAUUGACAAUGUAAUAUCGAAAAAUUAAUUAAUUAUAUAUUAAUUAUAUUUAACGAAAAAUAUGAAAUAUGUAUAACAAAGUAUUCCUUAUUGAAGAAGUAAUUAUUUUAAUUAUUAUUAUUUAUUAUUUAUUAUUAUUAUUAUUAUUAUUAUUAUUAUUAUUAUUAUUAAUUAUUAGCUAUUAGUUAUUAGUUAUUAACUAUUAAUACUGUAACAUUUUUUAAUGAAUUUUUAUAUAAUUUAUAUUAAAAAAAUUAAUGACCUAAUAACAGUAUGAAAAAAAAAGAGCCGAGCAUAUUCUCUGUUCAGUAUUUUCAUUCUAUUGUUUAUAACAAAAACAAAAAGGUCCAAAAAACUCAGCAUUAUCGGUAUCGAUAUCGACACCAUUAAAAAUACGUCGAUUUUUGUUGCAUUUAUUUUAAUACCUAAUAUCGAUCGAUGCAAAAUGAGAAUGAAUGUAAGCCAAGCUCGGUCAGUUGUUUCUCUCGCACCGUAUAUGUAUGUAUAUGCUAUUCGUGAAUUUUUUGUAAAAAUAUGAUUAUACAUAUAGACGUAAGAUUAAUAAGGGAUAAGGAUAAAAAUCCGUUACGCGUAUUACACUGCCACGACAUUGAAAGGGUGAUUUGAGAAAAAGAGAAAAAUCAAAAAAGAAAAAAAACCAAAAAGAAAAAUCAAAAGCAAAAAAAAAAGGCAAAAGAAAAGAAAAAGAAAAGAGAAGAGAUUUAAGAGAAGAAAAGAAAGAAAAAGCAUAAGGGUACGAAAAUGAGGAUUGCGAUUGAUCGAAUGUGUAUGUGAAGAAGGCCAAUAAAAAGCUAUCAAACGUAGACUUACAUAAUAAAAAUCAAAUCAAAACUUUUGUACAUAAAAACUUAUCGAACGAAAACCGAAUAGAAGCAACAAAAAGGGGGAAACAAAAAAAGGAGAAAAAAAAGAAGAAAAAAAAAAGAAAAAAAAAAGAAAAGAAGAAACAAGACAAAAUCAAAGAAUGUGUUUUGCGUGUUUUUCGAUAAGGUAUAAAAGGGAGGGGUAGGCGGGGGGGAGGGAGAGAGAAGGAAUAAACGAGACUUAGCAAUUAAUCAUGCGACUACUUCGUAGACGAAAAUAUUUCGAUCAGUUGAUUGAUCAAUCCAAUCGAUCGAUCGAUACGUUCGCAAUUCAUUUUCGAAAAUAGAAAAUGGUUAAGAGAAUGAAAAGGCAAAAAGAACGGAGAGAUAAAGAAGAACGAUAUUAUCUCGUUGGACGAACAUUUUAAGGUAUGCGAGCAUGAGUGCGAAUUACGCGAUAUCAUCAAGUAUGGACAAUCCAACUAUAUUCAAAAAUACAACUUAAAGAAAGAAAGAAAAAAAGAUUUAAAAAUGCUGGAUAUAGUAUUCGUUAUAAAAAGAUGCGGAAAGGCAUUACUCGGGAGAGUUUACGAUGUUAAGAAAUUUAAAUAACAUAUAUUAUAUAUAUACAUAUAUAUAUAUAUAUAUAUAUACAUAUACAUAUGAAUAUAUACAAAAAUGCACGCGUGUGCAACUACACAAAUAUUUGCCACAAACGUACAUACACAUAUAUAUAUAUAUACACACACAUACACGCGCGCGCGCGCGCACACGCACACGCGAAUACACAUAAGCACGCACACAUACACGAGCACAUGUUACACAUUAUACAAAUUGUAAUGAAUUUAUUAUGAAGGAUAUAAUUAUAUUUAUGUGACCUUUAGCUGGCCUCGCGCUCUAUUAGAAAGAUACUUGAAAUACACCUUCCGGUCGAGAGCGAGGCUGCCUGUUAUGUUUAAUGUUUUUGUUGUCAAAUUGUAAAUAUAUAAACGAAAUACAUGGAGACAUUAAUUGUACCUUUAA